UCUGAAAACUUUUUCUUCUCUGCUCCUUUUGAAUGGCCUCAGCCGUACCGGGCCCUGAAAGAAUCUGACAGUGCUGAUGGGGAAGAGGUGGUCAGUCCAGAAAAAUCAAAAGAGCCUCUGCCUUCCAGCCCUCUGCUCUCAAGCAAGUCCACAGAAAUCAACCUCCUUGAAGACAUUUUCCCUAACUUAGAAGUAGAAACACAACCUCAGCCUCUCAGCCAAGCUAAGAGCCUAGAAGACCUGCGGACUCCCAAAGAAGAGGGAGAUCACCGAUGCACGUUUGAUUACCAGAGAAUGGAUCUUGGUGUGUCUGAGAAGAACAGGAUUGUGCCAACCAUGAAGCUGUCUCACCCUUACAACAAGCUGUGGAGUAUGGGUCAGGAUGACAUGGCUAUUCCUACCAAGUAUUCCCAAAGCUCACCAGAAAGGCCCUUGACUGCGCUUGGUAACACAUGGAGACCCCGGAGCAAAGACAGCAUUCUGGCUCCAGCAGAAAAGGACGAACCAAAUCCUGCCAUUCAAGGGAACAUCACCAUUCCUAGGCCGCAGGGAAGAAAGACUCCUGAACUGGGAAUAGUGCCGCCACCACCAGCGCCCAGGGCUUCCAAGCAUCCGACUCCAGCUGGGCCAACAGAAAUUCUCACCACCCACACUACAGGACAUAGCCAUUUGGUUUCAGAUCUUAUCCCAGAGCCCUUUGGAGCUGGUAGUGUGUCCUUAGACCCUGAAAUCCAGCAGUCUGUAAAUUAUUCCUCUCAUCCAUCUCAGCUUUUGUCCAGUGCUACCAGCACUGCUGAGAUGCUCCAGCCUGUCAAAGUGAAGACAGAUAAUACAGGCCAGCUAAGGGCUUAGAGUCAGUGUUACUGUCCUCAAAAUCUGAGGAGACAAAAGAUCCAUUUGAAGAUUUGUUAAAAAAGACAAAGCAAGAUGUGUCAUCCACACCAGAUGGCAGUAUCUGAAUGGGAUGUAACAAU